AUGUGGACAAACCCAGAGAAUGGCCAUUGUUUUGACUAUGUUGAUAAUAUAACAAAUGUGCUAGAAGAAAAAAAUGAUUGUAUCUUCAUUCACAAGUGUGCAUUAACUAGACAAUGUCAACAUUAUUUGUGUCCGUGUACAGGUAAUGGUUGUCGUGCUCAUUUCUAUCGCUACUGUGGUUCAAAUAAUGUCUCAUUAUUUGCUUAUCCAUCUGGACAGAUAUUCACGCCAUUUGUUGAGACUUAUUACAAAAGCGAUGAGCACAAUUUUGAUCGUAAUACAUGGCCAGAUGUUUUUAUUUUCACUCGUAGUAUUAAAUGUAAUACUGAAAUGCGAGCAACGCCGAAUAUAACAAACCAUAAAGAUUGGCUCUACAAUGAAGAUGUAGUAGUCACAUCUGUAAGAGUACAUAGUGCUCAUCCAUUAGAAGUGCUUUUGUGUAAGAGCCAUGAAUCUAUCAAUGCGAAUCAAACGAACUAUGGAAUUUGUUGGAAUGACUUAUAUCCCAAUCAAGCUAAACAUUGCCCAGAUUCAAUACCAUAUAAUUGUAUCUCAAAAUAUCAUGUCAAAGAUGGCUUUCAUGAUUGUUCGCAUGACACAAACACCACCGAAAAAAUCGAUAACUCGAUCAAAUUCUGGAAUUAUUGUGAUUCUUAUGGGGAAAAAAGUUAUGGUGCCGAUGAAAUUGACUGUCAGCAAUGGAAAUGUCCAGUACAUUACUCCGCACGAAGAUUUUAUCAAUGUCGAACCGGUCAAUGUAUUUCCGAAAAUUGGUUGUGCAAUGGGGAGUGGGUUUGCUCAGAUGGAUCUGAUGAAGAAGGCAUUCAACUAUUAACAGAACGCACUGUCGGUGAACAUAAUUUGAAAUUAUUUCAGCUACUAGGAACAAAUUUAACCGAACAGAAAAGUCGAUGUUUGAAAGAGAAUUCAAAACGCCCAUUCAUGCAAUUUUGGGAUAUCAAAACUGAAUAUGCUUGUUUGUUGGCGAAUGUAGAUGAUGCAUUGAACUUUCGAUUAAAUCGACCAUGUAUUAAUCUAACACAACUGGGUGAUGGUCGUGUUGAUUGUUACGGUGGAUUAUAUGAGCGAAAUAUAUUGAAUUGUUCAUCGUAUAAACAGUUGGGUUUUGGAUUUAAAUGUAAUAUCAAUGACAAAUGUAUUCUAAGAAGACAACAAUGUACUACUGAUAAUCGAUGCUUUAAUGGUAACGAUCGUCUGCUAUGUAUUUAUUUGUAUAAUAACGCAUAUGUGAAAUGUAAUGGUCAACAUUCAACCGCGACUGUGAAAGAUGUCCACUGCCUUAAUGGAAGCUGUUUGCCAGAUUCACGAUGUAAUGGCUUGGUAGAAUAUCCAUACGGUGAGGAUGAAUACUAUUGUCCAACUGGAAGUUCCUCUACAACUGGAACUUAUCGACCGCGCAUUAAGAAGUCUUAUUUUCCUUCAAUCAAAAUACAACUACCAAAUUAUUCUCCAUUUUCUUUCUUAGUAAAUAAAUCCAAUGAAAACAAUGACAAGAACAAAACGUUAACAUCACAGACAUCAAUGACUGCUAUUCAAGGUGAAAUUUCGUCCACAAGAUCAUCUCGACAAAAACUGGCGAAUCAGUAUCCUGAGAACGGUUGGGUAUGUAAUCGUGGCGUUGCGGGUGUUAAAAAAUCAUUUGAUGUAAGCCAGUUAACUGUACAAUGCUUUUGUCCACCAAGUUAUUACGGAGAGCGGUGUGAAUUCAUGAGUGAUCGGCUAACAGUGUUCAUUCGCUUUGAAAAACAGACUAAUACUUUGUCAAAAGGUGUUAUCAAAAUAUUAGCUCUACUUGUUGUGAUCAUCAAUGAUACAACAACAGUUCUCGAUCAUCAUGAAGUUCAUUUUACAUCAGCACUUAACAAUUUUAAAGAGAAACAGAAAUUCUAUUUUGUUUAUCCUCGACCUCAUCAAUUACGAUCAAGUACGUAUCGUUAUACAGUUCGUUUCGAAGCAUAUCAAUUGAAUGAAGAUGAAAGCAUUGAACUUCUAGCUGUUUGA